AUGGUGCUGCUGGCCAAGAACCUGCUGAAGCCGCUGCCUGCGGACAAGCAGAUCAAGACUGGGCCCUUCCUGGAGGCAGUGUCCCACCUGCUGCCCUUCUUUGAUUGCCUUGGGUCCCCAGUGUUUAUACCCAUCAAGGCAGACAUAAGUGGUAACAUCACGAAAAUCAAAGCUGUGUACAACACCGACCCGGCCAAGUUUCAGACCCUGCAGAACAUCCUGGAGGCGGAGAAGGAAAUGUAUGGAGCAGAGUGGCUCAAAGUGGGGGCCACGCUGGUGCUGAUGUGGCUGAAAAGGGGCCUCCGCUUCAUCCAGGUCUACCUGCAGAGCAUCUGCGAGGGGGAGCGGGAUGAGAGCCACCCCAACCUCAUCCGCAUCAACGCCACCAAGGCCUACAAGAUGGCGCUCAAGAAGUACCACAGCUGGAUUUUGCAGAAGCUCUUCCAGGUAGCGCUGUAUGCCGCGUCCUACACAUCCGACUCCCUGAAAGUGCUCUCCAAGGGCCAGAACAUGAUGGAGGAAGAGUGCCUGGAGAAGGUCUGCCUGAUCCUGGUCAACUACAUGGCCAGCAUUGACGUCAUCUACGAGAUGUACACCAAGAUGAACACGGAGCUCAACUACAAGGUGUAG